AUGGCGGCAGCACAGGCGCCGCCCUGUGCAAACAACCUCCUGGCUAGGAGAACUGCUGAAGUGUUACCAAAAUCUCAUAUGACUCAACUGAUGCUUUCUUGGGGACAACAGAGAGCUGAUGCGGGAUCAUCUGGCCUCGGUGUAAUGGGAGCUACAGGAGAACGUGCUGCACACUAUGUUGUCUUAUGUUUCCUCCAGAUGGUAGCACUGAGUUCAGUAUCCUUCACAGAACAAUUCACAGUGACUGGCUUACAGAGGCCAGUCUUGGCGCCACUGGGUGGAAAUGUUGAGCUGAGUUGUCAGUUGUCUCCACCACAACAAGCACAGCAUAUGGAGAUUCGUUGGUUUCGGAAUCGCUAUACAGAGCCCGUGCACCUGUACAGGAAUGGUAAAGACUUGCAUGGAGAAACUAUCUCCAAGUAUGUGGAGCGGACUGAACUCCUGAAAGAUGCCAUUGGAGAGGGGAAAGUGACUCUCAGGAUCUUUAAACUGACAGCUGAUGAUAAUGGGUCCUACCACUGUGUCUUCAAAGCUGGAGAGUUCUAUGAAGAGCACAUCACAGAGGUCAAGGUCACAGCCACAAGCUCAGACAUAAACAUUCUCGUGCAGCCCCCUAAUAUCAAAGGUGUGAUGUUGGAGUGUCAUUCUGGUGGUUGGUUCCCACAGCCUCACAUGGAAUGGAGAGAUAACAAGGGAAAUGUCAUUACAGCUACAUCAAAAGCCCAUUCACAGGAUGAAAACAAAUUGUUCAACAUGAAAAUGUCCCUUCUUAUUGAAGCCAGCUCCCACAGGAGUGUCACUUGCUAUCUUCAAAACCUUUUAACUCACCAAGAAGAAAGCAUAAGUGUUGUCCUAUCAGGUGAACUGUUUUCAUGGAAAUGUGUUUGGAUAACGAUUCUGACUACAAUAGGAUUGAUACCGAUAGUCUUCUGCAUAACCUAUUGUGUUCAGCAGCAUCUAAUAUAUGGUGGCUUCUCUGUGGCAAUAUGUUAUUGGUUAAAGGGUGCAAUGGUACUCAUAAUUUCCGUGGUUGCAGUUACAGGAGUAAUGUUCAUUUUGCAUCUAAAUCAAAGAGUCCCGGUUUCAGAUCGACACUUUGAAUUGGACACUUUGUGGCUUGAAGAUAUUAGUGUGAUCCUGUGUAUGCUGAUAGUAUUUAUCAUCAAGCUCAUUUCAUUUAUUUACUUCAGAUUGGAAGGUAAAUAUGAUGAUGAUGGGGGAAACUCAGAAAAUCUAUUUCAUGAACAUGAAUACUUCUAUGGAAACUAUGGAGAAAGUCUGGGCAGGCUCUCUGCUCCUAUUAUGACUCCUCAUGAAAAUGAGCGAAGUCCCAAAUGGUUCCUGCUUAAAUGCAUCCAACCAGGGAAACAAUCCAUAGACUGCCGAACAAAUGAUGCAUAUGAAUGUAGACAAGUUCAUGUAGAGGAGAUGCUUCAGGAAGAGGAAACUGACAACUUGGAGAGACAUUAA